AUGGCGGCUUCAGAACAUGUUACCCUCACAAGGAUGAAAGCAGCUGGCAACACUGCCGGUGUGAGUAGCCCUGGGUCUGAGUGGGUCCUUCUGGGAGCUAGGGAGGAGAAGACCAAACAUGCUUGUGCCAUCUGGGAUGUCUUACCUGAUGGCACCAGAGUCAAGAAGGAAGUUCCUACCCCUUUCAAAGCCCGAGCUUUGAAAGCUCUGAAGGCCAAAGAGGCAGUGUUGAAAGGUGUCCACAGCCAGAGGAAAGGAGAUGUCCAUGUCACCCACCUUCUGGCAGUCCAAGAUACUGCUCUCCCAAGGCAGCCCGAAUAUCCUUGGAAGAGCUCCCCCAGGAGAAACAGGCUUGACCACUAUGCCACUGUUAAGUUCCCUCUGAUCACGAAGUCUGCCAUGAAGAAGACAGAGGACAAUGACACACUCAUUGGGGACGUCAAGGCCAGCAAGUACCAGGUCAAACAGGCAGUGAAGAAGAAGCUCAUGACGUGGCCAAAGUCAGCAUCCUCAUCAGCCCAAUGGAAAGAAGUGUGUGUUCAGCCAGCUCCUGAUUAUGAUGUUUUGGAUGUUGCCAACAAAAUUAGGAUUAUCUAA